AGGAAGGUGGCAACAGAUGUUCACUCAGAGCCAGUCUUCCUCACCAAAAAAACAAAUAAAAAGUGUGCCUGGGCCCCUCCUAGAGAGUUUGGCUGCUAUGGGGUUGGUCUGGGUAUUGGGGAUUUUGUCGGGUGAUUCUGACGUGCAGCUGAAGUUGAGAACCACUGCUGUAAAGUCAUAUUUAACAGCGUGCUAGGAUUAUGCACUUCCCUGGGUGCCAGUGCCUUUCCUGCGGUCACCUUGGGAGACCUGAGCUUACAGUGCUGCCUUUGCUUAAGAGUUUUGGAGAAAUCCUGCUUUCGGAAUUACCCUUAGAUCUAAUGUGAGACUCCCCGACAGACUCAGGCUCAAAGGACUGUGUCAAGGGAGCCUGCCUGUUGCGGAAAGGAUUGGGGGCAGUUAUUGCCUGACAAACACGGCUCUUCUUUUUUUUUUUUUCACUCUCGAUUUUGUUACCCACCUUGUUUGUCGGACCUGACCUCAAGUGACUGGCUUUUUGUGGGUGGGGAAGGGUCAUUCUGACUCUUUCGGUGGAUGCUGAGUGGCUGAUAUGUGCUCGGUACUGGGAACGCCACAGAUGACAGGAUAUUGCCUAUGUCAUUAAUAUUCCAGUGGGGGAGACAGUGAGCAAGAAACCAGAUUUGAUAUUCACUGAUUGCAAUUAGUGGCAGGACAGAAAGGAGUGCUGUGACAGAGGGUGACUGCCAGCUUAGAUAGGACGGUCAGCGAGGCCUCUGAGGGCAAGGCAUUAAGCUUGGGCCUGACAAUGAGCAGGAGCCGGAUGGAAGAGCAGACCUGAGUGCCAGAGGCCUGUGGAGGGAAGAGUUCCAUUUCUUCUCAGGACGGGGCGAGUGGGAACAGGUCACCCUGAAUCUCAGAGAUCGGGACAUGGCAAGUUCGGUUCCAUUUGUGCUGACUGUGAGUUUAGGUGAGGACAGAAGCGCUCAUGUUCCACUCAUUGCUCAGGGCCUGGAAAAUAAUAGUUGCUCAGUAAAUGUUUAUUGAACAAAGAAUUGAUUGAGUCAGAAUUUCGCGUGCACAGAGCAGUGAGUCUGGGAGCAGGCGUCUAGGUCUUCACUGUGGCCUCCAACCCCUGCCCUCUUCUCAUCCAUCAGAUGAGACCAGUGGGAGGAAAAGAUCUCAUCAGCAGUUGGUUUGUUUAUAACUAAACUUUGAAUUUUAAGAUAAUUGUAGAUUUGUAUGCCAUUGGAAGAAACAGUACAGAGAUACUGUAUGUAUCUUCACCCAGUUUCCCCCAAUGGCAGCAUCUUACAGAAUUCUAGUCCACUCUCACAGUCAGGAUAGCGACACUGAUACAGUCAGCAUAGGGAACAGGAGAACAUUCCAUCACCACGAAGAUCCUUCAUGUUGUCCUUGUAGCCACUUCCCUCCCCCAGCCACUAAUCUGUCUGCAUUUCUGUAAUUCUCUCAUUUCAAGAAUGUUGUAUACUCGGAAUCAUAGAGUAUGUGACUCUCUGGGUUGGCUUUUUUCACUCAGCAGAAUUCCCUGGAGCUUCAUCCAAAUUGCCAUGUGUAUCCACAGUUGGUUCUUUUUUAUGGCUGAGUAGUGUUCCCUGGUGUGGAUGGAACUCACUUUGGUUAACCCUUCACUUGCCGAAGGACACCUGGGUUGCUUCAAGGUUUUGGCUGUUACAAAUAAAGCUGUUCUGAACGUUCACGUACAGGUUUUCGUGUGAAUAUAAAUGUUCAUUUCUCUGGGAUAAAUACCCAGGAGUACAAUUUCGGGGUCAUAUGGUAGUUGCAUGUUUAGUUUUAAAAGAAGUUGCUGAGCUGUCUUCCAGAGUGGCUGUGCAAUGGUUUAUUUUUGUUUGUUCUUUUAAAUGGCUUAACAAUCGAAGGAAAGACUCUCCUGCAGGACCUCGGGAUACAGUGCACAUGGAGGGCGAGCCGCUGUAAGGGGGAGGCGGGGAGCGAGUGAGGGGAGCCCCCUCCGAGGGCCGUUCCGAAACCCCGAGAUAGCAGAAACCCUGUUUAAACUCAGUCUUUCCAGCCCCCAACAGAAACUAUUUCUACUGCACUAAUUUUAGUGUUGAGCUAGAGGCUUAAUUUUCUAUCUUAAUGUAAAUCCUUAAUUUAAAUUCUGUUUUGAGCUGGCCUAAUCUUUCAGGCCCUGCACCCAGCUCAUCUGUGUGGAGAGAGAGAUUAUGUGUCUGCUGAAGAGCCCCCAGCCUGGUGGUCAGGGCCUCCUGGUGGAGGCGUCCAUCCAAGGGCUUUCCCUUUGUUCUCUUCCUUCACUAAGUUGUGCGUGCGUGUGUGUGUGUGCACACGCCUCUAUGAGUGUGCUGGAAACUGGGCAUGAGCAACAAAUGGGUAUGGCUGGGGGGAGGGGUGCAGAGCAGAGGCAGCGCAGCCAGGAAUCUACACUCAAACUAUCAAGAGGAAGGAAGUAGCAGCGAAAAUAGCCUGGGUGCGGUGGUAGGAAAUAUUAAGGGGAAAAACGAGAUGCCUGGCGUCGGGGUGAAGAAGAGCUCCUAAAAACGCGGGCAUGUGUGGGGAAGGAAUUGUGUGUUGUUGAAACUUCAAAUCCAGAAUGUGAGCAGUGGGCAGGCCGCGCUGGAGGAAGCCGAUCAAGACACAGAACGUUCAGCUUAACAAAGAAAUGACGCUGGCCAGCAACCGGAGCCUGGCAGAAGGAAACCUUUUGUACCAGCCCCAACUGGAUGCUCUGAAAGCACGUUUGACCCAAAAAUACCAGGAACUUCAGGUUCUCUUUGAAGCCUAUCAGAUAAAGAAGACCAAAUUAGAUAAGCAGUCCAGCAGUGCUUCCUUGGAGACCCUGCUAGCACUUCUUCAGGCGGAAGGGGCCAAGAUCGAGGAAGACACCGAGAACAUGGCAGAGAAGUUUCUCGAUGGAGAGCUUCCUCUCGACUCCUUCAUCGAUGUCUACCAGAGCAAGCGGAAACUGGCCCACAUGCGCAGAGUUAAAAUUGAGAAGCUCCAGGAGAUGGUGCUGAAGGGGCAGAGACUUCCGCAGGCCCCAGCUCCAGCCCCGCUGCCCCCCAGGGUGCCCGAACCAGUGCCCGCUGCCCCCCUGCCCUACUCCGCCUCGGAGGCCAGCGGGCCCCCGUCAGUCGUGCCUCGGCGCAUCCCACCCCCACCGCCCCCGGUGCCUGCAGGACGGUCAGCCACGCCAUUUACCGCCGCCUUGGCCUCAGGACAGGCCUUUCCGUACCCAGGAUCACAGUGCCCACCCCUGCCCCCCCGCGUGGGCCUUCCCCCCCCCCAAGGAUUCUCCACACAGUUUGUGUCACCAUACCCGCCACCUCUCCCCCAGAGACCCCCACCCCGGCUGCCUCACCAGCCGGGCUUCAUCCUCCAGUGAGUGGCCCUCGGCCUCCUGGGAGGCUCCCUCACCUGCGCCUGCUGGCCGGGGUUCCGCACACACCGGGGAGGCUUCGAGGACCAGGUGCUCUGCCAAGGGCUCCGGUGCCCUGGGCCGGGAUGUCCAUCUGAUUUUAGAACUGUAGGUCAGUGGUAAGUAGACGUAGAAACCAGUCGUGUACACCCAGGCGGCUGUGUGUGCUGGGCCUCCGCCUGGCAUCCCUGUGGUUGCGCUGGUUUGCGUUCUCGGUAUCAUUUCUAAGUCUCGUAGUGUUGAUGAACUCACGAGUUUGGAGGAAAAAGCCUCCCUCCGUUCCUGUUUAGAAUCGUGGUCCUCCUGUUGCAGCUUUAUCUAGUAAGCAUGGUUCAUCAUUUCUGGUUUGUUUUCAAAAGACAGUUGUGUGUGUCCCAGCCCGCCGCCCGCCGCAGCCCCUGGUACGGGUUGGUUGGGUGGGCUAGCCCGGAAGGUGCUUGCUUAAUCUGUGUGGGGUGGUCGUCAGUCACCCCCUCCUCUCCUGAACGUGGGUGUUUCAAAGCCACACGCAGAGUUUGCACUUGGCCCACUGCCACGGCCUCGCCGGGCGAGUUGCGGCCGGCCCUGAGGAGAUGGCUCCGAGCUGGACUUUGCACAGCAGAUGAUGUUCCGGGCUCUCCUGCUCUCCCUCCGCCUCGAGCCAGCCCUGAGGGUUUCUAUGAAGAAAUACUCCCCCCGUAUUUUUACUACAUGUGUAAUUUUCCUAUUUUUUAUUGGCAAAGAAAACUUUUUUGACACAAGACCAUUCAGGGAAACUAUAAAAAUGCACAUACUGUUCUGAGCAGAGUGAAGUGCACACGAAGUGAAUGCAGUGCCCUUCUUGGAAGUAGUGCCCAGUCGCACCGCGGCCCGUGCUGUGCCUUAGCUUCACCUGGUGCCAGUGAGGGGCGGCCGUGGCUCCCCUGUGGGCCUCAGGACGGGCAGGCGGUGGGGGCUGUUACCAGCUGCUGUUGCCACCACCCUUGGUGGCUCUAGGUUCCACAGGGGCUUUUUUGCAUUGUUUUGUUGCCGCUGGAGGAAGUCUGCCCACCUUGAGCCAGGAUCCUCUUAGCCAGUGUUCUCUGCCCCUGGCUGGCUGGGCCUCAGGACACGAGUGGGGCAGGGAUGCCAGCAGCAUUCAGCUGGGUUUAGAGAAGCCCGCCCCCUGAGAUUAGAGGGCCCCAGCACACUCAGACCUCUGGCAGCACCCCAGGCUCUUCCUUCCCCUCUGGGUUCUCACCCACACGUGCCGAAUUCCCAGGGCUCGUGGGGGUGGGGGGAAGGCCACCCCCCACCUGCUGGCAAAAAAGGGCUGUGUGCUCAUUGGUGAACCCCUGGCCCCAGCCUGUGACCACUCACCCAGCUGGCUGCCACCCGGGUGACAGAAUCAAGGCAGAGCUCAAAUGGCAUCUGUCCCAGCGGGCCACGGGCAAGGCCACCAAACUUUGUACUCAAUUACUGUACAGUUCUCCUGGACUUGAACUCUGUGUCAUAAUUGUCUUUUUAAAAGCUGUACAGGACUCAGUGCCAUGCCAAUCAGGUGGGCCUACCAUGUUCUGUGAAUCUUGAGAGUGCGGUGCCACCACCCGAUACCUCUGCCACGUGCCCCGCUGUCGGGGUGCCCGCAGCCCGCACGGGGCGCAGCCAAACGUGUGAGCUCGAUGUUGACAUGGUGCAGGGGCCUCCAGGCUGGCCUCGCCAUCUCUGCAGGGCCACGUCUGAGCUGUGUUUGUAAAGCUGUAGGACCCUUUUUAAUAAAGAGAGAAUUGUUAACAACA